UUAGGUCCAUGUUCCCGACCUUCGAAUGCGCCGGAUGCGCCCUCGAUCGCUCAGGAGGUUAGCGUUAAGACAAAUUGUGAAUACAUUCCCUUUUUUCAUUUAAAAUACGCGUACGUAGAAAAUAAAAAAAAAGCGUGCCACCUCUGAAAAAUUACAAUAUGCUGAACGAUGUGCCGAAAAGGUUAUUGAGAAGUUCUGAGAGUACCGAGGUUGACGUACGCGAGGAUGAGGAACAAACCACUAAAUUUCAAGAGAUUAUUGACUUACUUGUCGCUGCGGGUUACUUUAGAGCGCGAAUUAAAGGUUUAUCAAAUUUCGAUAAGGUUGUCGGCGGCAUGACCUGGUGCAUAGAGUCAUGCAAUUUUGACGUAGACGUGGAUUUACUUUUUCAAGAGAAUCUUACAAUUGGUCAAAAAAUUUCGUUGACAGAGAAAAUUGUGGUUAUGCUCCCCAAAAUGAACUGUCCGUACCGAAUAGAACCACAUCAAAUACAAGGUCUAGAUUGUAUCCAUAUAUUCCCAGUGAUUCAGUGGCUAGUAAAGCGUUCUAUGGAGAUGCGACAGGAAAUGGCAGACUUUGUGAGAUCCUUCGCCUUGAAUCAGUUUCACAAAAAGCAUUCUUUUAGCGACGAUUCUGAAAUUGGAGCAACAGCUGAUAAGAAUAUCGUCAGGAAUUUACGUUUAGUUAAGAAAGCUUAUGAACCACGCCGUUUGUUCAAACAAAAAGAAGAUUUGGUGAAAGACGAAUCAAAUAGAUUUAUUGGUACAGUAUUAGAAUAUGAAGCACCAUUCGAGGCUGUUAAAAAUACGUCGGCAACAACAUCGACAGAGUCUAAAAGCAGCGAUUCGAAAAAUGAGUCAAAUAAUGAAAAAAUUGAGAAGAACACGACUGAACAAAUUACCGCUGCUCUAUCCGUUAUAGAAGAAAAUUCGGUACGCUUAAGUGUAAGUACAGUUGGAAACAUCGUCGGCAUACAAGCGCAAGAAAUUGCUAAAGUGGCAGAAAAGUAUGCAGCCAUGGCUACUUCUGAAAUAGAGGAUGGUGGCGCGACGGAUUCGUCACGCGCUCUAAUUGCAUUGCAAAAACAAAAGACGACAUUGCAAUCCAGAGUGCGCAAAUUAACAAAGGAGAGAGAUAGCUUAUCCGAUAAACUUGCUGAAAUAGUAGAAAAAGUGAAAGAACAUCGUGCGGGGAGAGAAACCAUUGAGCGCUCAUUUAAAAAGAUUCGGGAAAUUGGAAUUCAUGAUAACGACAGUAUCUUCAAACGAUUAGAAGAACUUCUAUCUGUGCAUGAGGGAUUAAAGGAACAAGAACACAAUUUCCGAGAGCAAUGCAAGUCGGACUUAAAUCUUCUCCGGGGUAUGUUACAAGAGAUUGAAAACGGUACUCCAGUGGAAGAGGAGGAUCGUGUCAAAGAAUAUGAAGAGCAGAAGGAAGCUAUAACACGAGUGCGAUUGCAAUUGGCUAAAAAGAAUAGAAUUAUUGCAUCCUUAACGAGACAAUUGGAUGAUGUUCCAGGACGCUCUGAACUGACGCAAUAUCAACGUCGUUUUAUGGAACUCUAUAAUCAAGUUUCAGCCAAGCACAAAGAAACUAAACAAUAUUAUACACUAUACAAUACCCUCGAUGAUACCAAACUGUACAUAAGUAAGGAAUUGUCAUUACUAAAUUCCAUUCAGGAUAACUAUAAUGAAGCUAUGGCAUCGACAAGUGGCAAGGAACAAUUUCUAAAACAGUUCGAGACAAUUGUUGCAGGAGUGAAGCGCAACAAAGCGAUGGUGGAGAAACGAUGUACCGAUGAAAAAGGUAGACGAGAUACGCUUAGCCGACAACUCGUCACCCUCGUGGAGCAGCAACGCAAAUAUGUUGCGGCAGUUAGACAGCUUACUAUUGAAUGUCGUAAAAAUGAAGCUCUAUUAGCUCAACUUCGUGGUCCAUAAGUAACUUUCUUCAGCAAAUCAAACAAAUGAUCACAACUUGUGGCAUAAAAUCAUUAUUGGCUAUUUAACCUUUUCACGUAUGUAAUGAACAUAUGAUAAAAGUAUAAAAACACAUAAUGUAAGUGCCAGAAAUAGCUUAUGAUAAUUUACAAUUUAUGUAAAUUCGUACAUGUGUAUAUAUUAUAUAUAUAUGUGUUUGUGCAAUGUAUAUGCACAUGUGUAUUACACAGAUAUAUCAUGUAAAUUAGAUAAAUGUGUUAAACAGAAUUGUACAUAAAUCCAUAAAUUGCAAAUUACAAUAUAUACAAUAUUACAUACCAUAUAAUAUAUGCA